AUGGACCGCAUCAAGGAGAAACUCAACUCGCUGCGCCUCGAGGCCGACAGCGCGCUGGAGCGUGCCGAGGCCGCCGAGGCCAAGGCCAAGCGGCUGGAGCAGGACCUGCUGACCAAGGAGCAGGAGGUGGCCAGCCUGCAGCACAAGCUCAGCAUCACCGAGCAGGACCUCGACAAGACAGAGGCCAAGCUCAACGAGCACAAGGCCAGCCGAGACGAGGAGGAGAGCAGCCGCACCAACGCCGACAGCAUGCAGCGCAAGAUUGCCCUGCUCGAGGAGGAGCUCGACAACGCCGAAAAGAACCUCCGCGAGACGACCGAGAAGCUCCGACAGGUCGACGUCAAGGCGGAGCACUUUGAGCGCCAGGUCCAGCGCAUCGAGCAGGAGCGGGACGCGUGGGAGAAGAAGUACGAGGACGCCGAGGCAAAGUACCGAGCCUCGAAGGCGGAGCUCGAGGAGGUCGUCCUCCAGAUGGAGAGCCUCUAG